AUGGCAGAGUACGCCGACAGUCCAGUGCACGAUGUGCCGGCGCGAUUGGCUGGCAAGAACUUUCCAACGCCUCACAUUGACCUCAAGACGUACGAAAAGGAUCACGCAGCUUCCAUUCAAAAUCCAGACGCAUUCUGGAGCAAGGUGAGCUGCGCAGCGAUACAUAAUUCACUGGCACGGCACACUAAAGCGACGUCAAGUUGGAGUGCUGGGCUGGGCUCGAAUGCCGGCAGCUGCGGCGUGGUUCUGCCUCCUGAAUGCGGGCUUGAGGCAGCGCCAAGCGCGCUGACAGACAAUGUGGCGAUCUUGCCAUAAUGCUCGAACAAGUGCCCAACGCCAUUCACGAUUGACUGCUGCCUCCCUGCUGCGCGAGCUGGCAUAGCCUGCGUCGAUCUCUGCCAAGCAUGCGGCCAGCUAAGACUGCGUCAUGAUGCCAAGCCGCCUAUAUGCUAUCUUCCCUGGCACCUCGCGGCGAAGCAUUUGCGUACAACUCUCUUCCUGACACGACUCAGCUUGGACGUGCCUUGCCUGACACUAUCUUUCCCCUCUUCCUCCCCGCUUGCUCGCAGCUGGCUAACGAGACGAUCAGCUGGGAUGAGCCCUUCAAGACGGUCCGCGCCGGCGGCUUUGAGAAUGGAGAUAUGGCGUGGUUCCCAGAAGGCAAAUUGAACGCCUCUUACAAUUGUGUUGAUCGCUGGGCUUUCAGCAAUCCAGACAAGGUGAGCACUUUCUGCAUCGCGGACCACUCUCGGAUACAGGCAGCGCAACUUUGCUGAUUAGCCUGCACACGAACCUCUCCCGCUACACUCAGGCGGCCAUCAUCUACGAAGCCGAUGAGCCAGGUCAGGCAAGAAUCAUCACUUACAAAGAGCUCUUGGCUCAAGUCAGCCAGCUGGCCAAUGCACUCAAGAAGCGCGGAGUCAAAAAGGGAGACACCGUCAUCGUCUACCUGCCCAUGAUCCCCGAGGCUGUCGUUGCUCUGCUCGCUACGGCCCGUCUGGGCGCUGUGCACUCUGUAGUAUUUGCCGGUUUCUCUGCCGACUCUCUCAGAGAUCGCACUGUAGACUGCGAAGCUCGAGUGGUGAUCACGACCGACGAAGGCAAGCGCGGAGGUCGCACCAUAGCAACAAAGAGCAUCGUGGACGCUGCUCUCAAGGAGUGCCCUAAAGUGGAGCACUGCAUUGUUGUGCAACGUACCGGAAACAAGGAUGUGGGCAUGACCGAGGGUAGAGAUGAGUGGUACCACGACAUCACCAAGCGCGAAAGACCUUACUGCCCACCUACGAGCGUCUCUUCCGAAGACCCACUGUUCAUCCUCUACACCUCGGGAUCCACCGGCAAGCCGAAGGGUGUUGUUCACACCACUGCUGGUUACUUGCUUGGCACAGCCCUCACAGUCAAGCAUGUCUUCGACGUGCAUGAAAACGAUCGUUUCGCGUGCAUGGCCGACGUGGGGUGGAUCACUGGUCACAGCUACAUCGUUUACGGCCCACUCAUGAACGGCGUGACUACGCUGGUCUUCGAGUCUACACCAGUCUAUCCGACCGCGAGCCGGUACUGGGAGGUCGUGGCUCAGCACAAGCUGACUCAAUUCUACACGGCGCCCACCUCUAUUCGCCUGCUGCGAAGAAUGGGCGAAGAUUUCGUAAAGGGACACGAUCUCUCCACCCUGCGCACCCUAGGAUCAGUGGGAGAGCCGAUCAACCCAGAAGCUUGGAAUUGGUACAAUGAGAAUGUCGGAAAGGGAGAGUGUGCCAUUGUGGACACUUAUUGGCAGACCGAGACUGGUAGCAUCAUGAUCACCCCGCUACCGGGUGCCAUCAAGACCAAGCCGGGAAGCGCCACGAGACCGUUCUGGGGGGUUGAACCGGUGCUGCUGGAUCCUACGAGCGGAGAGGAGCUGAAGGGCAACGAGGUGGAGGGUGUUCUCGCCUUCCGCCAGCCUUGGCCCGCCCAAGCUCGUACCAUCUUCAAUGACCACGAUCGCUUCCUGGACACCUAUCUCCGACCUUACAAGGGCUUCUACUUUACCGGUGAUGGAGCUGCGAGAGACAAGGAUGGAUACAUUUGGAUCAAGGGACGUGUGGACGACGUCAUCAAUGUGUCGGGUCACAGACUGAGCACAGCCGAGAUCGAGAGCGCCUUGAUCCAACAUCCAGGAGUCGCAGAGACUGCAGUCGUGGGCAUUCCGGACGAGAUGACGGGUCAAACUAUCUGCGCUUACGUCACGUUGAAGCCCAACUUCUCCUUUGACAAUGAAGAGGCUCUCUCCAAGGAGCUCGUCGUUCAAGUCAGGCGCAACAUUGGUCCCUUUGCGGCACCAAAAAAGAUCGUCAUCCUCACCGAAGGCGUCGACCUGCCCAAGACGCGCUCAGGCAAGAUUAUGCGCCGCAUCCUUAGGAAAAUCGCUUCGGGAGAAGGCGACCAACUGGGCGACCUCAGCAGUCUCAACGAUCCAUCGGUGCCGGAGAAGAUCAAGGCUAAAUUUGCUCAGAAGUAG